AUGAAGGAUGAGCUAAAAGAAAUAAACAACAGGGUUGGGAAGAAUGAUGGAAAAGUUAGCGAGCUUACUCAAAUCGUGGAAACUAAUGAAACUGUGCAGCGCUCUCUAAACCUACGAAUUUACGGCUUUGAGUAUGCCAAAUGCAAAUUAGCAAAUCAAGAAGAUCCGAAGAAAUUUGACGUUGUUUCACUUAAGGAGCUAAUUGUGAAAAUGAUAGUUGAAGGAAUGAAACUGCCGGAAAAUAUAGCCAAAGGAAUGAUAUUUCGCAAGUGCCACUGGGUUUCCAGAAAGUAUGUUCUUUGUGGUUUCACUUCGGCUGAGGACAAGCAGAUAUUUAACAAGGGGGAAUAUAAUUUAAAAAGCUACGUACCACAUGGACACCCACUCUCCAUAAAAGGGGAGCCAGCUAAGCAGCAAACACAAGAAUAUCAGGAUGCCACCGCCACUGCACUACAGUUGCGCACCAAAGGUCACGUGGCGUUCGCCACCGAAUGUCGGAUCCGCAUUGGAGCUGGGCCGACCGCUAAAUGGUAUCACCAUAUGGAUUUCACGAUACAGCAGCGACUUACUGCGGGCAGACCGUGA